AUGUAUCUUACUUCAUCAAGAUCAGAUAUUAUGUUUGCUGUUUGCUUAUGUGCUCAAUUUCAAUCCUGUCCGAAAGAGUCACACUUGAAAGGAGUAAAAAGGAUUCUUCGAUACCUCAAAGGACAACCAUCACUUGGAUUAUGGUACCCAAGAGGAGGAGAGUUUGAUCUGUAUGCAUAUACAGACUCUGAUUAUGGUGGACGUAACUUUGAUAGAAAAUCUACUUCGGGAGGAUGUCAAUUUUUAGGAGACAGACUAGUGUCAUGGCAGUGCAAAAAGCAAAUAUCUGUUGCCAAUUCUACAUGUGAAGCAGAGUACAUGGCCGUUGGAAGCUGCUGCUCACAAGUACUUUGGAUUCAACAACAAAUGCGUGACUAUGGUUUGAAUUUCUCUAACACUCCUAUUAAAAUUGAUAAUAAAUCUGCUAUUUCCAUUACCAAUAAUCCUGUUAAGCACAGUAACACGAAGCAUAUUGAUAUUAGAUAUCAUUUUAUUCAUGAUUGUGCUGAAAAGAAGCUAAUUCAUCUUGAAAAAGUGUUGUCUGAUGAUAACUUAACUUAUUUUUACACUAAAGCCUUUGAUCGAUCACGUUUUGAGUUUCUUGUCCAGUUGACUGGAAUGAGAAACCCUUACUUUUUGUCCCUCAAGAACCAUCAGUUAUUUAGAAAAUGCAACACAAAAAUAGAAUAA